AUGAAGUCAGGUGAACUGCAUAGUUGGCCGCUUGCGCUUCUCGCUUUCGCUCACCAUCGGACACCAAUACUUCCCCACACCAUCCCCUCCUUUGGGACAAACACCACCCAACUUUUGGCCCCCGUACUUUUUCUCCUGCCAUACCCUCCCUGUACUGGCUUCUAUCGAACAAUUGUCUCGACCCCCGUUCCCGCGCCCUCGUCUCUCCGGUAUUCUCAACAACCAGCUGUGUCGCCAUCUCCUUCCUCCACGCGCAACGAAGUCGAUGAAGCCACCCAGACAACAAGCGUAGCGGAAGAGAGCGAUAAGCCUACCACUACCUCAGGCACCCUGCCGAACCCGAAAAUUUCUCAAGAUGCGCAGUCCGGUAGCCUGGCAGGUGACAUCGAGAAGUUCUCAAUUCGUCACUUUCCAGUGCUUCGAAAGGAGCUAAACCGCAAGAUUGAGGAGAGGAGAUUGGUAAACCGAAGAAUUCGGAACAGUCUGGCCAGAAUUGAGCAUUGCGAGAAGUAUAUGAGGAUCUUGAAGACAAUGGAGGAGGAGCUGGAAGCGGAAAAGAGCAAAAAAUUCGAGCUUCUGGCAUUGUUCAGACAAGCUGAGCAGAGGUUUAUAGCCUUGGUCGACGACUGGGAGGGGAUGGCAAUGACUGGCCGUGACUGUCAUAUAAAAGGAUGGCACGGAACUACAUGA